UUGGAGGCGGCGGGCGGAUGCGCGCGGAGGGAAGAUGAAGAGUGGCUCGCUUUCUAACCCCACCACACCAUGCAAGUAGCUGAGGAUGCCUGCACCCACCUGGACGAUGAGCUGCUCUUCUGUGAAGACUGCCGCCUGUAUUUCCGGAAUUCCUGCCCACAGCACGGACCCCCCACCUUUGUGGCUGACUCUCCAGUUCCAGAAAGGGCACCAUCCCGGGCACUGCUGUCCCUGCCUGAGGGCCUUUUGGUCAAGGAGCGAACCCAAGGAGCCUUUGGAGUUUGGAAUGCGCUUCCUGCCCUGCCUCGAGGCUGCAUCUUUGGGCCCUACGAGGGGGAAGUGGUCCGGGAGCACAGCGACUGCACCCGUUAUUCCUGGGCGGUACGGGACAACGGUUCCUAUUUCUUUGUUGACGCCUCCGAUGAGACCAGAUCCAACUGGAUGAGAUAUGUGGCAUGCGCCUCCACCGAGGAUGAGCAGAACCUGACAGUUUUCCAAUACCGGGGCUACAUCUACUAUCGGGUCUGCCAGACUAUACCUGCCGAUACAGAACUGCUGGUGUGGAUUGGAGAGGAGUAUGCCCGCACUUUGGGACUACGCUUGGGUGAACACUUUAAAUAUGAAUUCGGCGAGAAGGAGCUGCUGAUGAAACUCUUCCAAGAGCUGCACCUCAAGACCCUGCCGUCACCUCCCGCUCCCCACGCUCCCUCCUCCCGUACGCAGUACCUGUGCGGCGAUGCCACAGCUUCUUCCCUCCUGCCUCUCCACAAGCCGGGCCUGCCCCCAGGAGGAAGCCCUUUCCCUCUGCUCGAAGGGACGCAAAACCUCGUGGGGCUGGGCCGGGCCCAGAGUCGCUACUGGACUUUUUUCGGGUUCCAGGGAGACGCCUACGGGCGCAUCCUGGACAAGAGCAAGAUCAUCUGCAAACUGUGCGGGGUGCGGCUGAGCUACAGCGGCAACACCACCAAUCUGCGCCAGCACCUCAUCUAUAAGCACCGCUGCGAGUACAACCAGCUGGUCGGGACCCAAAGCGCCACCCUUGACAAAGGGGUGGCAGGGGCAGGAGAAUUUGGUGCUCCCCGGCCUCCCGCCCCCGGCAGGACCACACGAGCAGUGGCUGACUUCAUUGUGCUGGACUUGAUGCCUGUGGAGGUGGUGGAAGGGGAAGGCUUUGGGCAGAUGUUGGGGGUCUUGGACCCCAGCUACAAACCGCCAGACGCCGCCUCACUGGCGCACACGGUGCUCAAGGACAUGUACACCCAAGUGAAGGGGAAGAUCUGGGAGCUGGUGCGGAUCCUGCCCCAGUGUUCCCUCAGCAUGGACGUGUGGCGCCAUAGUGGCACCCUUACCUACCUCACGCUCACUGUGCACUAUGUAGAUGACUGUUUUGAGGCCCGGGCCCGAGUCCUCUCAAGCCGCCCCGUCCCCGAGGAACCCGGUGCUGAGAGCCUCAUGGAGGCCCUCGCUGAAGCGGCCAAGGAAUGGGGGGUGCGCGAAAGCACCUCGUAUACCGUCGGCCGCCUCAGCCCCACCACCCAACAAGCCACCUCAGCGCUCGGCUGGACGGCCUUGCCUUGCAUUGGGGAGGCCCUGCGAGCAGCCAUGGAAGCCGUGCUGGGCCAGCCGGCUACCCAGAACGCAUUGGAAAGGCUGCGCCGUUUGGCCACCUGGGCGUUGGCAGGGGCAGGCCGCAGUGAGAAGCUGUGGACCCAGGAGCCCCUCCUGCAGGCUCACCUCAGCCGCUUCCUGAGGGACGGGGGAAAGUGGCACAGCGUCUACACGGUCUUGCAGGGCCUGCUGGACCACAGCGAGCCCAUGGCAGGGCUGAGCCCAGACGGGGAGGUAAUGCUGCGUCCCCAGGACUGGGCCGCCCUUCAGGAUACAGUCAAAGUUCUCAAGCCCAUGGCGAUUGCUACCUCAACAUUUACCAAAGACCCCUUUUCUAGUCUCUCUCUGGUCAAGCCAGUGCUAACCAGCCUCUUGUACAAACACUUGGUGCCCAGCGAGUGGGACUCCACCCUGGCCCGCGAUGCCAAAGCAGCAGCCCAAAAGGAGCUGAGCCAGCACUUCUCCAACCCGGAUGUCAACCAGGCCCUCAACCUGGCCUGCGCUCUGGACCCCCGCUUCCGCGGCCUGGAUUUCCUGAGCCACUCCGACCGCGUGGAGACCUUGCACUUGCUCAAGACGGAAGCUUCGCGCCUGGCCGAGACCCCGGCUGGCCUGACCUCCAGUCUGCCUGAUGUAGCCUCACCCCCGCCCCCUGCCAAGCAACCAAAGCAAGACGCAGGCAUUGAGUUCCUGCUGGGCGACCUGUGCAGCGUGCGCGGCGCCUCAGGUGUAGGCUCUGCGCACCAGCAGGCCGAGCAAGAGACUGCCAGCUUUCAAACCAGCAAGGCGUCCGCCCUCGGCCAGGAACCGCUGCAAUGGUGGAAAACCCACCACACUCAGUACCCGCUGCUGGCUCGGGUAGCCCGCAAGUUGCUCGGCGUGCCUGCCACUUCAGUUCCUGCUGCCUGGCUCUUCAGCAGCGCUGGGGAUGCCAUCCAGACCAAGCGGCAAGCGCUGACACCUGAGCAUGUAGACAUGUUGGUGUUUCUCCAUGGCAACCGAGCCAUGCUCUAUUAGAAAAAGGGGGUUGGGGGGUGUUGUCUCUCUUUCCACAGAGUCCUAGACCUUUCCCCUUUAAGGGGGGGGGAGGGGGGAAGAGAUACAUUUAGUGCUUCCAGAUCCUUUCUCGCUGCUUCCUUGACUAGUCUGGAACAAUUCAUUCCCCCGCAAAAGGAGAAGCAUGGUUUGUGUGUUUUGGAGAAGAGCAGGGGAAAGAAGAAACCACGGGCAGGGGUGUGUGUAUGUAUGUCUCUAUUAAAGCUUGGUCUAGAUUGAAA